GUGCCACUUUCAGGUCUCCUCACACUGCUGUUGUGUUCCAUUUUUUGUCAUAGGGUGCUGGCAGAUUACGGGCCUCCCAUUGCUGCUGCCAGGCCCGUAAUCUGCCAUGGGCCCCUGUACCGCCUCCUCAUGCUGCUGCCAGGUCCAGAGUGUGUCAUGGGUCCCUGUACGGCCUCCCAUUGCUGCUGUCUCCAUUGCCACACUCUGCCAUGUGCCACUUUCAGGUCUCCUCACACUGCUGGUGGUUUCCAUUUUUGUCAUAGGGUGCUGUAUGGCCUCCCAUUGCUGCUGCCUCCACCGCCACACUGUGGCUCCCACACUCUGGUUUUGGCCCCGUGACUGCCCAAAUGAGUGAAGUGUGCGGUGAUUCUAAGAUCGACGGCACUCAUCUGCAUGUCAUACUG